UCCUUGGAGCCAGGGAGACGACGGGGGAAGCAAGAGCGCGGCCGCUAUCACCUUCAGGAAGUUGUUCUGGGGAACGCGCUCCCACAGGCUGCUGAGAAACCUGCCAGGGCCCUGCGCUUCGCCCUCCCCCACCUCCUGCAAACGCUCCAGAAGCAGCUCCGCCUGGGUCUUCAUCAGUGAGUCCUCCUGAAGGACCGGGUUCUCUCUAUAGGCGUUGAAGUGCAGCAGGUGAACAGCGGCCCGGCGGCGGGCGAGAAGGGCCAGGCUGCCUUGGAGCGUCUCUUCCUCCGCGUCUGGGACGCCAGGGCCAGGAAAGAGCUGCUGCAGCAGGUACUGAAAGGCGGCAUCCCCGAGAGCCCGGUUCGCCAGCAGUCGCAGAGACAACAGAUGGUCACAGUGCUCCAACGCCUGGAAGUUUACCAACCCCGGGGCUGGAGCGGGCCCAGAGUCGCCCUCCUGCUUCCACUGGUUUUGCAGUCGCUGUUCCAGAGCAGUGCGAAUGCGGGCAUGGCGGCCAAAGCGCCUGUAGACGUGGCGCAGGUAGUGAGCCCACUGUAAGGCCCUGCGCACGGUCGCGGGGUCCCAGCUGCUGACAUGGGAAGUGCGGGAGACAGCCAGAACCUCAGAGAAGCGCUCCAAGUGCUCUACGAGCGAUUCCAUGGGGACGCGCAUUACUUCCGCCUGCACCCUGGAGACGGCGACUCUCUGCAUGCUGAUUGGCACGCUGGUGAAAUGAUACGCCUCUCUACAAGGCUAUUGGGUGAAGUGCCUGUCAAUCUGAUAGCUGCUUAAAUCCGGGUACCUGCACUCCGGGAAAUUUGAGCCGGAAAAAAAGCUUCUACUUUCGUCACGGCUUUUGACGAACCAACACGGAAGGGUGACUAGAAGGCGGGCAUGCUAGCGAGAAUUCCGGGAGUCACCUGCAACAUGCUGCUAGUCACAGAGGUCUCCGUGCUUCCUUUCGCUUUGGAAAUAAUCUGUAGUAGAAAUUCCUGAGUUUUGCGUGGGCGAAUCUGUGUUAAGGCUUAUCAUAAUUGGGUAAAGCCAGCGACAUGCCGUUACAUACCUGGACUCUACAUCUUCAGGCAGAGAAGACCUAGAGGGCUUUAUCGCAUCCCACAACCUACUUCAUGGAAGGAAAAUGCUUUCACUUUUUUACCAUCACUCUGAAGGCAAAUAUUACGGGCAAUGAUUAUACCUGAUCCUGACUCCACUACCUCAUUCAAGACUGGGGUAUUAGAAGUGGAUAAAUAAUGUGCACUGCUCUGAGCCCAAAGGUACGCAGUGGACCUGGCCUCUCUGAUAUGCAUCAGUACAGCCAAUGGCUGGCCAGCAGACAUGAAGCUAAUUUGCUGCCGAUGAAAGAAGAUCUGGCCUUGUGGUUAACCAAUCUGUUAGGGAAGGAGAUUACGGCAGAAACUUUUAUGGAGAAAUUGGAUAAUGGUGCCUUGCUCUGUCAACUUGCAGAAACUAUGCAGGAGAAAUUCAAAGAGAGUGUGGAUGCUAACAAGCCUGCAAAGAAUCUGCCCUUGAAGAAGAUUCCGUGCAAAGCCAGUGCACCCUCAGGCUCCUUUUUUGCCAGAGACAAUACAGCAAAUUUCUUAUCCUGGUGCCGAGACUUAGGGGUAGACGAAACAUGUCUGUUUGAAUCAGAAGGUUUGGUUCUCCACAAACAACCCAGAGAAGUGUGUCUCUGUUUGCUAGAGCUUGGCCGGAUUGCAGCCAGGUAUGGUGUGGAGCCUCCUGGUUUGAUAAAAUUGGAAAAAGAGAUUGAACAGGAAGAAACACUUUCUGCUCCUUCUCCUUCACCUUCUCCUUCAUCAAAAUCUUCUGGAAAAAAGAGUACAGGAAACUUACUGGAUGAUGCAGUGAAACAGAUUUCUGAAGAUCCUCCUUGCAAAUGCCCAAGCAAGUUCUGUGUGGAGAGGCUCUCUCAAGGAAGAUACCGAGUGGGAGAAAAGAUCCUCUUCAUCAGGAUGCUGCACAACAAGCAUGUCAUGGUCCGUGUGGGAGGAGGUUGGGAAACAUUUGCAGGGUAUUUGUUGAAACACGACCCCUGCCGGAUGCUGCAGAUCUCCCGUGUGGAUGGCAAGACAUCCCCCAUCCAGAGUAAAUCUCCAACCCUUAGGGACAUGAAUCCAGAUAAUUACCUGGUGGUCUCUGCCAAUUAUAAGGCUAAGAAGGAAAUUAAAUGAAACUAGUUGGUCACCACAAGGGGACUCUCAUAAUGGCCUGUAUCCACAUCUCCAGUUGUAGUCAGUUUAGUUCACACGCUCCGAAAAUUACUUUGGAAAAAGACGUAACAGACAGAAAGAUGUCAUCAUGUUAAAGCAUGUUCAACGAGUAGCAUUAUUUAUUUGGAAUGCUUCGGUAGAAAAUGACCUAGUCAGAGAAAUUCUAAACUCAGAUUUAAAUCAGACAAAUUGUAGGCAAAUUAUUAUUUCUCAAUAUAUGAACAUGGUAUUUAGGAUACAAUAGUAGCAGCAUAAUUCUAGCUAGAGGUAAAAAUUAUUAGGAGAAAAUAGUUGGGAUGUACAGUUAAGUCAACAGAAAGUGCCUGCCUAAUGUCUAAGGAAUAAAAGCACCCCAGACAUUUUUAAUAAUUGCAAGAUUUUUAAGCGCAUUUUAAAAAAGUGAUAAUUAGCAUGAUGUGCUCCUGAAAAUGUCCAAUGGCACUACAAAUAAGUACAGAGUGCUCUCCACAGCAGUGCUUUACUGGAAAGGCCACUUCAGAAAAGUUUACAUUCACUUGGACGAUUGCCUUAAAAUUUAGCCUUUAUCUAUGACCAAAUAUCUGGGGUACUCUGUACUCUGGGACGUUUUCACUGCACCCCUUACAGAAUGGCUUAUGACUUGUUUCACACAUUCCGAGGCAUGUGGCUGUGAGACUGACAGUGUAAUUCACACGCAUAAGCUGACAUACGUUUAUAUUUUGACAGAAUAAACUCUACAGUCAAAUGUUCAUUGACUUCAUGUUAUUUCAAAGCAUUUUCUUAUUAAAAUAUAUCUUUAGUUAACCCUACUUUGCUGUGCUGUCUAGUAAAGUAAUUUCACUGUAGCUAAUGAUGUUACAGACUAAGUAUACCCUUGUAUACCUAGGACAGGGCUGUUUUAUACCCAUAAACGGCAAAAUGGUGUCCUCACUGAAUCAAGAAUUAAAAAGAUAAAUAUUAAAAAGUGUUUACCUGUCUGUCUAUCAAUGUUUUAUUCUGAAAUAAAGAUAAUCUUCAAAUGGCAACUUCUCCUGAGAGUUAUAGGAAGAGUCAAAUCAUGGUUACCUUUUUCUUCACUUUGGGCCGCUGAGAUGUAGUGAUACUUGUUCUCCUUAUCAGAGAGUUCUAAGGACUUGAUCAGAAAUAGUCCUUUAAGUGCUCCCCAGAUAUAAAAAUUAUAGGCAGAGUUAAUUUGUCAUUCCCUCAUUUUUCAACAAGAAAAUCCACCUUUCUUGCUUCAGAAAGUCAGGGAAGAAGUAUCUCAGUUUGUCACAUGGAUCAUUUACUCAAAUCAGACACAACCUUUUUAAAACAACAGGACCGGUGGCGCUGGAAAUGGUGAAUAUCAUUAUGGAAAAAAAAAAGUUU